GUGGUGACCCUGCCACUUAAAUAUUUAUCAGGGAACAACGAAAAGCUUCAGCGUAAAAUGCAAAACUGCAGAGAACAGAACAUUUGUGCCGCGUGUUCAUUCACUAAAUUAGUUGAAGCAUACAUCCGUUAGAUACGAUACUGAUGAUGAAUGGGCGGUCGGUUAAUUGAUACCAAAACUCGCAAAUGAAUUCCCAUUGUUCAUUGUUCGUCCUUCUGGUGGUUUUCAACUGAACAGGAACAGGUAGUGGGCAAUUAAAAGGGCUGAGGCUGAGGAUUUGCUCCUGAUUCGGCGCCAUUGUGUGUGAGGCGGCGUUGAUGUCUUUAAUUAAAUUUGCCUUUAGCCGCAAAUCCUUUUAUGCCAGCGCCAUUUUACUGGGGCUUCCUUUGGCAUUUGACUUUCCCAUCUCGCGGCGGCUUUCGCAGUGUUUCUGUGCGGAUUCCAAGGAUGCAACCGCAAUUGCCCGCGGGCAGCUCCAACUCCUCUACAGCGGCAUCUUGUGAUUUAUUAUUAAACAUGAAUAUGAAUUCCUGGAUGUUGUUGUGGGCUAGGCGAUGGCUGGAGGGGAUUGAGCAGCGAGAGAGCUGAGAAAAAGAAAACGCUGCCAGGACCUGUUGGCAUUUUUAUGCCAGCGUUUUUAUUAUUAAUUAAAAUUUAUGCCCGAGCAAAUUAUGCUUUCAUACCCAUAGACCGGAAAGACAUGCAGGCGUUUGCGUAUAAAUAUUCCUAUUCAGAGCGCGCAGGCAUCAAUUCCUUGUGGCCAUCAAGUCGGGGGUGAUUAAGAUUAAGAGGAUUGUCAUAAAGAAGAACCCAAUUUGGGCAACUAAUUGGAGGCACUCGAGGGGCGAUGGAGUGACGCGGAAAAAGCAAAACUAUGCCGAAUGCCGAAUGCCUUUUGGAAUGCCUGCCCCGGAAAAAAAGUGAGCGCAUUUCAUAUUUAUUAAAGCAAUAAAAUAAAGUAGGAACCAACACGGGCCGGUCCUUUCCGGCACGACACGAGAGUUGUUGGCCAGAUAACGUGUCAGGACCCAGAGAAAUAUCACUGUGUCACCCACACACGCACUCGUCACAUCCACCCAUACAUACACACAGCACACCCACACACACACUUAAAUAAAUUGAGGGAGCCAUUGUUGCUUUGGUUGCGGUUAACGUGCAAAUUUGUUGCCUCCACUCACGAUUGGCCUACGGACUUGGCCUACGGAUUUGGCCUAGGUCCCUGGGCAAGGAUUCGCAUUCGCCAGGAAUAAGUAAGAAGGGCACAGCCAUAAAUUUAAAAUUAACCCUUUAGGAGCACAGCUUUUGACCUUCAGUUUUGGAAGCGCGCGCGCUCGGCGACACGACAUAAAUCCUGGGGACUAAAAGCCCAAAACGAGAACAGCAGAUCUUCUCAAGUCCUGCGAAAUUAAUCGCCUUUGCAGGUGGUCCAUUUGUGCAUUUUAAAUUGGCAACAAAAAAGGAAUAAUUCCAUUUCAUGCGAUUAAUUAAUUGAAUGAGUUUCGACUUUCAAUCGAAAUGAAUAAAUUUCAGCAUAUUGGCUGGCAACAGUUAAGGGAUAUCCAGCAUUUUUUUAAGUUGUCAGUGCAGCAGCAGCAGAAGCACGCCAAACAAUAAUAAAUAAAUGGGAAACACGACUUGGCCCUAGGCUUUUGAAACAGGGCCGAAAAGGAAGUCGAAUAAAUGUGAAAUGAGCGAAAAAAGCCGAAGGGCAGACUCAAGUGGCUCCUUCGCAGUCAAGACAAUUCGAAAAAUGCUUUUAAAAGGAAAUCAGUAAAGGAAUUUCGCUUAUGGGCAACUGAUUGUGCCAUCGAAUCGGGCGGAACAAGUUGAACAAGUAGCAGCGGGGGAGGCGGGGGGAGGUUGCUUUCAUGGCGGAACAGGACGGAAACGAUUUUUUUUUUUGUUUCUGGCAGCCACACUUGGAAAAUUGAAUUGUUUUAGAUUUUCUUCCAUUUUCGGGCUCUCCUUGGCGCAGCGUAUAAAUCAAAUUGGAUUUUCUUGUGCACUUAACUCCGAAUGGCCAAUCGGAAGUAAGCCCAAAGCCCAAAACUCAAUCAGAGGCUGUCGAUGAAAAGUUCAUUAGUAGGCUGGCAGCCGAACGUUCAUCGGCAUUUAUUCUAGUAAUCUAUAGAAAUCGCUCGAGAAUGUCGUAUAUUCGAAAUUUGCUAGAAUCGCCAAAUGGCUGGACUCAACUUAAUCGAAAUCUCCACGAAAUGAAGGGUCUGACCAGCUGCUUUUAUUUCUUUGGCUUGAAAACGGGCUGCAAGUUGAUAGCCGUAUUUGAAGCUUUGGUUAAUAUCCUGCAAAUGUGCAGUAUCUACAAAUUAGAAAUGAAAAUGCAAAUGGCAGUAUGGAUGACCACAACGGAGUCCAUAGAUUCGCUAAUGGUCACAAGGGAACCCGAUGGGGAUAUGCUCGGUCCGAAUACGAAGAUGCCGAUUUUUGAAACUAAUCUCUAUUUCAGUAAGGCCCUGCACACCUUGACUAUGCUCAGGUCCUUACUGCUCAUUGUAGGUGCGGAAUGGGGUCACAUAUCUUGUCUAGUUCUGUGGAUUUGCAUUGCGGUUAUAACCAUGAUGAUUAGCACAUUUAUUGAUAUUAUGCAAGAAACAUCCCUGCAGCAAAUAUUCAUUCGUACUUUUUCAUUUUUUCUGGAAAUCUAUUUCUGCGCAGUUGUAGCCUCGUUAGUUUUAAAAUUGCAGGAAAAACUUCGCCGUAAUGUGCAGGAAACGGAAGUGCUCUACACACAAAGCGAGGAAGCUUAAUUGUAUACAAGAUAAUUUAAUUGUACCCCAUAUUUAUAUUUUAAAUAUAUCAAGGUCAUACCUAAAUUAUUACUUUAGAA